AUGAUAGUUGUGAUGUCAACUCAUCUAACUAUUUUUGAUAGAGCUUCAGAUUCAAAUAAGUGUCCUUUAAAAGUGUCUUUAAUUGAAACUCCACAAGAAAAACUAUCUCCAAUUGGAAAUACUAAUAAUUCUAUUAUUGAAAUGCUUAUAACUGACUAUAUUAAUAACGAAUUUCUUGACUAUGAAUAUUUUGAAUAUCAAGAUCCCGACUUUGAUUACGAGAUAUUGGAUGAUAAUGAAAGCUAUCUUGAAAAUACAUCUGAAAUACCUUCUAGUCCAAAAACUACAACCGAUGAAAGUGUAACAACUGAUAACGAGUAUGCUAAUGGCUUUACUUUUGAUGAAAGAGCUCUAAGUCAUGCAAAAAAUUUUGCAGCAUCCUCUAUUGAAGAUUUAGAACAAGAUGAAAAGGACAUUAAUUGGUUAACAUUAGAUAAUAAUUUGCAAUCAGAGGUUGAGUCUAUGUGGACUCUGCCAACAGAUAAUAGUAAUAUAAUUGAUUAUGAAAUAGGUGGUGAAAUAAAUACAAAUAAUUUAAGCAAAAGUAAUGAACAAUGUGUUAUUAUUGAUUAUGCUGAAGGGCGUUUUCAACGUUGUUUAAAUCUUGUUUCAAGACCACUUAAGCAACUUAUAGGAAUUUGGGAAUUAGAUUUUCAGAUUUUAGAUGUAGCAGUUAAGAAUAAAACAAUAAAUGCAUUAAAUAACUUAGGUCCACAAAAGCUAGGUGAAGCUUUAGAAACUGUUGUCUGGAAGUCAAAAUCAGAAGUACGUGCACAGAGAGAAACACUUGAGGCACCAAAUACUUUACAAGAAUUUCACAAUGCAUUUCCUAAAUCAAUGAAACAACUAUUUAAUAAUUUUGUCAUUUUCAUUUUGCAAAAAAAAUGGGAAAUAGUACAAAAAAAGUAUAUACAACGCAGGAUGAUUCUAGCAGAGUUUAAUACCACAAGAGCCAUAAAAAUUUUAACUUUUAUAAUGUCAUUAAUUUUUUCAAUAGCAUUUCCGGGUAUAAAUAUUUGGCUCUUACAUAUAAUGAGUUCCCUUUGUAGAAAACCUAGACAAUUAAAUUCACUUUAUGCGAUUUUAUGUACUGCAAAUGUUGUUUCUCAUACAAACCGCUAUGAACGCAAGUUAGAAAAACAAAGAAGCAGUAAUAUCGACAUAUCAAAAAAAUUGUUAUAUGGAGAAGAUAUUUGGAACCUAUGUAUAAUAGACAAUAUUGAUUUUAAAGAAAGCACAUUUGUAUACGAUAACAUAUUUGAUGUUCCAAAACGCAUAGCACAUGCUACACUUAGAACAGUUUUUCAGUUCAAAUUGCCACAGUCUUUAUCUAGCAUUGCUAAACAAUAUAAUUUGAUAUUUGAGUAUGAAUUUUAG